GAAACCGGUGCCCGCACUGCAUUUUGGGCCAUCUGGAGUCGUGGCAGGAGCUUCGGGCUGAAUCGCGCCUCGGCCCCGUAACUACGCGGGACGGGGAUGCAAAGGCGGGAAAAAGAUGCGGAUGCUUUGAGCUUUCCGGGCAUUUCUGCGGGAGAAUCCCAAUUCUCCCGCCCCGCGGCUCUUCUCCUGCGGCUUUAAGGCUGUAAAUCCUCCUGAGCUUAGAGAUCCACGAAGAGGUGGAACCGGUGACGUGGCAUUCUCACGUGCUCGGAAGCAGAAGGCCGUGUUCCAGCUGAGAGGAGAUCUCGCCUCGGAGGUCUUUCGCGCCCUAAGGGUAGAGUCUAUCUGACGCCGUCUUCCCCCACCGUCCAGACCCCGUAAGCGGGCCAUGCUGAAAGCCGUGAUCCUAAUCGGGGGUCCCCAGAAAGGGACCCGCUUCAGGCCCUUGUCCUUCGAAGUGCCCAAACCCUUGUUCCCAGUGGCAGGGGUACCCAUGAUACAGCAUCACAUUGAGGCAUGCACUAAGGUGCCCAAUUUGAAGGAGAUUCUUCUGAUUGGCUUCUAUCAACCUAAUGAGGCACUCAACCAAUUCCUGGUAUCUGCCCAGCAAGAGUUCAAAAUCCCUAUCAGGUAUCUCCAGGAAUAUGCAGCACUUGGCACAGGUGGAGGUAUCUAUCACUUCCGUGACCAGAUCCUUUCAGGUAACCCUGCAGCCUUCUUUGUGCUGAAUGCUGAUGUCUGCUCUGAAUUCCCUCUCGAAGAGAUGCUUGCCUUCCACUGUCAGCGUGGCAGUUCCGACAGCUUCCUCAUGCUGGGCACCACGGCCAAUAGGAAGCAGUCUCUGAACUAUGGCUGUAUUGUGGCAAAUGCUGACACACACGAGGUCUUGCACUAUGUGGAGAAGCCCAGCACUUUUGUGAGCGAGCUCAUCAACUGUGGCAUCUACCUAUUUACCCCAACCAUCUUCCAUCACAUUGGGGAAGUCUUCCAACGUAACCAGCAGGACUUGCUCUUAGAGGAGAGCACAAACGGUUGGCAGCGGGCUGAAGCCAUCCGACUGGAGCAAGACAUCUUCACAGCCCUUGCUGGGCAGGGGCGCCUCUUUGCCUACAAAACGGAAGGGUUCUGGAGCCAGAUCAAAUCUGCUGGCUCUGCCAUCUAUGCCAAUCGUCUCUAUCUGAGCUGUUACAGCCAGUGUCAUCCGGAGAGGCUUGCCCAGAACCAACCUGGUGGGCCCAGCAUCCGAGGGAAUGUCUAUAUUCAUCCAACGGCCUCGGUGGAUCCCAGUGCUGUGCUGGGUCCCAAUGUCUCCAUCGGGAAAGGAGUGACCAUUGGUGCAGGAGUGCGAGUGCGUGAAUCCAUCAUUCUGCAUGGGGCGUCUCUCCAGGACCAUACCUGUGUGCUCAACAGCAUUGUCGGCUGGGACAGCACGAUCGGACGCUGGGCUCGCGUGGAGGGUACCCCCAGUGAUCCCAAUCCAAAUGAUCCCUAUGCAAAGAUCGACAGCGAGACCCUCUUUCGAGAUGGCCGCCUGACUCCAUCCAUCACUAUUCUGGGGUGCAAUGUGACCAUUCCUGCCGAAGUGGUCAUCCUGAACUCCAUCGUGCUUCCUCACAAGGAACUCAGCCGCAGCUUCAAGAAUCAGAUCAUUCUUUAACGAGCUGUGAAUUCACCUCUGGUGACUUCCAGGCAGAAAGUUCAAGAGCGUCAUAAUAAUGUAAUUUGUGACCAUCAGACAUACUCUCAAGCCUCAUUCAAUCUGGGCAGGCCAAGCUCAAUGGCUUUGGUACCGUCUGCAAUGUUCCUUCUGGGUUUUUUCAGGGAAUGGGAAUAUGAGCCUCUUUCUAGGCUUGAAAGAAGUUGAGUUGCCCCCUCUCCCCUGACUUGACUGCCAGUAAACCUCUCCAAGCAAGAGGCCUGUCUGAACUUUACCUCACUAAAGGCCAUUGACAGAGAAAGGUGUGUAGCUGAGAGGACACAUCUCUGAAGGCUUCUGUGGCCUCCAGAUGCCUUUGUUCAUCCUCCAGUUAAAUCCCAUCAGUCCGAAGAGCUUCAUUCCUGAUGCCACCUAUGAAACAAAGUAGGGGCAACUUCAGAUCAGGUACUACACCUCACGUGGCAAAAGGGCCUGUA